AUGCCAACCCUACGAACAGUCACCCCAGGCCAUCCGGUACCUCUGACUGCCCACUCCCAUCCUAACAACCCGAUACCCGAGGAUCCUACUCGGUCAAGAAAACUGUCCGUGACUACCUCACAGCUUAGCCGGUCAUCCGCAUCCACCAUGACCAGCACCGCGUACUCCGACGAUGCGUCCAGCGUAGACACAGCACCCACGACCCCAAUCACUGAAGGCCUCUCCGACGAUUCUCUAGAAGAAUUGCAAGAGAAACCCGGUCAGAAUGCUGCCUCGAGGCAGAGACGUGCUUCGACCUUAUUGGUCUCCGAGGACUCGGAAGAUGCAAGACUGUUUUUGGGCGAGAGAGGAACGGCCACACAGAUGAUUCAAAAGGCAUGUUGUGGUGGAGGCUGUUGUAUGUUACAAGAAUUGAAGGUCACAGAAGUGUCACCCGGUGCAAAUCCCAUCCAACUACCGGAAAAUCCGGCAUUCCGGAGUCUGAAGCUCAAGUUGGGCGGUUUGAGUCUCGACAGUCAAUUGACUGGAGUCAUCGAUUUACCGGUCAAGACUAUCUCGCUUGAGCCAUUACCUGCCUCACGGCCAGCCGCAUACGCCGAGCCACCACCACAAAGCACUGCGGAGGUCUUCAAUCAUCCUCCAAAUUUUGUCACCCCACAUCCUCCUUACCAGGUCUUUCCCGCGCCGCUCUAUCACGCUCGCGAGCUGACCAAGCCUGGCGCUGAGAAGAGAACAUACCACUUCGACAUUGAUGUCACGGACUACCCCAAAGAAGGCGGAGAUGUCGAUUUUGUUGUGGGAGGAGCCAUUGGAGUUUGCGUUCCUAACGCACCGGAGGUGGUGGAUCAGAUCUUCCAGCUGUUAAGCAUCCCAAAAUUCGUCCGUGACAAGCAGGUAUUGUUGAAGACCACCACAGGCAGGUGGCCUACAAUUUGGGGCGAAGAAGCACCCCGAGAGCUUGUGACCACCAGGAGAGAGCUCCUGACAUGGUGCUCAGACCUUCAAAGCUACCCGCCCACCAAGCAGCUUUUGCGAAUCCUGGCUGAGUAUGCAGAGAACGAACACGAAAAGAAGAUCUUGAUGUAUCUCUGCUCGGCGCAGGGUCAAGGCGUGUUUUGCGAUCUCCGAACCGGCCCCUACGUCACCAUCCCACAACUUCUAAAUGCCUUCCCAUCCAGCAAGCCACCUCUAGAUUACCUAUUCUCCGUCCUCAACCAACUGAUGCCGCGCUUCUAUUCGCUAUCUCAGGACCCGGUCAUUUCAUCGGAAAGGAACGGUGAUGCAUCCCGCCGAUUGAUCGAAAUCGCCGUAACAGUUCAUGAAGUCCCAGAUUACAAAGACGGGCAACGGACGGGAGCUGGCUCCGGUUUUCUCGAGAGAGUAGCCAGGAAGUUCAUCGAAGCGGAGAAGGAAGGGAAGGACCCUCGCGACCUUGAUCUCCGGAUACCUAUGUUCAGGGGUUUGAUGGCUAAUCCUCUUGCCCGAGAGUUUAUCAGCGACGGCCCCAUGCUUCUGAUCGGUGCAGGUGUGGGAGUUGCUCCGUUCCGAGGGUUUGUACACCGCAGGCUCAAAUCUGCCAAUUGUGCCAACAAAGUCUGGGUCCUCCAAGGCGUACGUGACAGUCUAGUCGAUGAACUUUACUCUGGCGAUUGGGGUGUGCACGAAGACAAGGUCAAAAAGGUGGUCCAAUCUCGGCGCGGUGAGGGGCGAUAUGUGCAGGAGGAAGUGCGCGCCCAAGCCGAUCUCGUCUGGUUCAUUAUCAACGCCGUCGAUGGCAGAAUCUUCGUUUGUGGAAGCUCGAAGGGGAUGGGCGAGGGUGUGGAGGCUGCACUCGUUGAUGUCGCCAUGGCGAAGGGCAAGUUAAAUCGCGAGGAAGCUCAGAGCUUUUGGGACGAGAAAAAGGUAUCGGGCCAGUAUAUCGCUGAGACCUGGUAA